AUGGGGAUUUGUUCUGGAGUAUGUUAAUAGCAAACAAAAAAUAUAGUAAAUGAAUCUGCAAUAGUUACAGAGAUAAUAAAAUAAGGAUUAUAAGAAGAUACAAUAACUAGUGGAUUAGUUUAAUAGUAGGAAAGGUAUUUAUAAAUGGAGACAGGUGCAAUAUAUGAAGGGGACUUAUAAAAUGGAAUUCGAAGUGGAAAGGGGAGAUAAGUAUGGCCAGAUGGUAUAAACUUAAUAAUUUAGGUUCUUAUUAUGAGGGAGAUUUUAUAAAUGACAUGGCAGAUGGGAAGGGAAUAUUAGUAAAUGCAGAAGGAAGUGUAUAUGAUGGAGAAUGGUUAGAAGACAAGGCGAGUGGUUUUGGAAAAUAUUAUAGCCAUGAUGGAUUGUACUAUGAAGGAUAAUGGUUGGAAGACAAAUAACAUGGUAUAGGAAAGGAGAUAAAUUCAAAAAGUUCUUAGAUAAAUUAAUUUUGUUAGAUGAAUGCUAUGAAGGAGAAUUUGUAAGAGGAGUGAGAUAAGGAUAAGGGAAGUUGACAAUAAAUGAUGAAGAAUAUUAUGAGGGAGAGUUUUAGAAUGGGAUGAUGCAUGGUAAAGGUAUGAAAUGGAAAUAGUAAUAUAGCAAAGGAACUUAUACAUGGAGAAACUAAAAAUGUUAUAGAGGAGAAUGGAAAGAGGGAUAAAUGGAUGGAUAUGGAAUAAUGAAAUGGGAAGAUGGAAAAUAUUAUGAAGGGAAUUUUGAGAAAGGAAAAUAACAUGGAGAAGGAACAUUUGUAUGGAAUGGUAAAAAAUACGUAGGUGCAUGGAUAAAUGGGUAAUAGGAAGGAGAAGGAACUUAUUAUAAUAAAUAAGGUUAAGGUAGAGAAGGAAUUUGGAAGAAUGGAAAAAGAAUAUAAUGGAUUGAUAAUAAUAGUAGUAGUAAUAGUAUUGAAUAAACAUUUUGA